AUGUCCAUUCCAGAUUAUCUCGGAGUGUUGUCUCCUUGGAUCUCAACCAAAGUUAGGAAUAAAGUCAAGCUGACUCUCAUGGCCUUUAUCCAAUUGGGCUCGAAACUUUCGUUGGGAAUUCAGACGUGCAACAUUGAUGUCGCUCUUGGAUCUCAUCCCGGAGAUACUGUCCAUGGCUGA